AUGGCACCACCUUCGCCGCGACGGUCAUCGAGAGCCCGCAUCACCAAUUCUCAAUCUCAACAAUCAUCGGUAUCCUCAAACACGUCGGGUCGAGUCGAGCGGAACACAAGAUCUGUCGCCAAACCUUCUUCCAACAAGUCUACGCCUAGCGGCUCGUUGUCCUCGGAGCCAUUUGAAGACAUUGACGAUACUCUUCUCGGUCGAAGGCGAAAGCGGAACCAAGAAGACGAUACCGACAAAAAUUCCAAGUCCGACAACUUUGAUAUGGUGAACGGAAGCGACGACCUUCAAGAAGAGGAGGAUGAGGCUGUUCGAUGCAUCUGUGAUGCUGAAGAAUAUCCAGGUCGUCCGCCUGUUGAAGGCGCUGACUUGGACUUUUUCAAUGCCAUUGAAUUUACUGAAGAUGUUACCGGCUUCUUCGUUCAAUGCGACAUUUGUAAAGUUUGGCAGCACGGCGCCUGCGUAGGCAUUUUUAGCGCCGAGAGCUCUCCUGAUGAGUAUUUUUGCGAGCAAUGUCGCAAAGAACUCCACAAGAUCUAUACGGCAAGCAAUGGUCAAAAAUGGUCCAAAUAUGUUCCACAUAAUCGUCCGUCGCGCGCGACCUCCCGAGCUACCUCGAUCGCUAAGGAAGGCAACCGCUCACCCAAGACGGGGACGAGCAAGAACUCGCGCCCUACUUCGGCUUCGCAAAGUUCUAAGCGAAGAUCCACAAUGAACAGCCGCGACCGUGCAUACGAAGAUGAGCAACUGUUGAGAGCUAUUGAAGCAAGCAAAGAAGACGUGCCUCAAGAUGGAUCAGAAAUCUUGACUCGACGAGCGAAACGAGGACGCAGCGACAGUGAGGAGUCAGUGGCCGUCAAUGCUCGUCCACGGGACGACAAGUUGGCAUCACUGAGAAAUCCGAUAAGUGUCAAGCGGCAAAGAACCAGCUCAAGGUCACCUUCGCCCCCCAUCGAACUGGCCGAAGUACAGACUCACGUUGAGUCAGACGACGAAAUCAAUACUCGUAAUGGAACGAAGAGAGUCCGUAGCAACAAGAACCAGCGAGCCAAGACCGAGAAGGAAGACAAAGAGCGCCAGAGACAAGAAGCCGCAGAUAAACGCAAAGGCCGCGCAGAAAGGCGACGAGGAGAGGACUCGGAUCCUGCCGAGGAGACACCCCCUGCCGCAGCCAAACCCCCAGCUACGAAGAGCAUCGAGACACCUGUCAUUAUGGAGACCCCCGCGCCAGUAGAGCCUGUGCCCGACACACCUCCUGCGAGCCAUCAACCUGCUUCAGGCGCCCAGAAGCGUGGCGGGAGAACUGCUCACAAGAAAGGCAAAGGAAGGAACCAGUAUACCAGAGAUCGAGAUGGGGAAGGCGAGUCACCAGCGCGGUCGAUGUCGCGAGACAUACAGAAGACCAGUGACGAGCCAACGCCGGCUCAUCCGAAACCAACGAGUGAACAUCGACAUGGCAAGUCAAAGCCGGCCAUACACCAUAAGUUGAAUAUGGUGGACAUGAAACGACGUGUUGGCGCCAUCAUGGAUUUUAUCUCAAGGACUCAAGUAGACCUUGCAGCCGAGACAUUGCCAGUGACGAACGAGAACACGAGUAACGGGGAGGUGUCGCUUCAGAAGACUCUGGGUUCUGAGACUGCUGAGAAGGAAAGUACUCGAGAGUCCUCUGAGGGUACAGAGUUCAAAGACUUGAACCCCAUGGAAAUGAUGGAUGUUCUGACAAGGGAUAUGGUCAAAUGGCAGAAUCAGUAUACCUGA